UAUCUACCUUAUCUACUCAUAAUAACUCAUAAAAUCAUAUAGGAUAUGAAGUUGUAUAAGUGGGGUAAACAAUUAAUAAUCUCAUAUUGAGUCAGGCGGUCGUAGAAAUGUCUCGUGCGGUAUUAUCGACUCAUGUGCUAGAUACUUCAACCGGAGCGCCUGCAGUGGGUUUGUUUGUUGAAUUGUAUAAGAAGAAAGAUAGUUCGUGGACGCUAUGGCAUAAUACAGUGACUACUGGUGACGGGAGGGUUCAGUUUCCUUUCUCGCAGGAUUCUAUGGCACCCGGGACGUAUAAACUCAAGUUUAACACCGCUGAUUACUAUGAAAGUGUUGAUAAGGAAACGCUGUACCCGUAUGUUGAGAUCACGUUCAAUACGACAGAAGGCGCUCACUACCACAUACCUUUGCUGUUGAGUCCAUACGGAUAUACCACUUACAGAGGCAGUUAAACAUAACUAUUUUGUCAUAUUCAUUAGUAGUAUUUUUUAUAAUGAGUAAUUAAUAAAGUGGUAAUUAUUAUUUUU